CGGCGCGGAGCCCCCCGCGUGCUGCGGGCCGGCGAGCCGCAUGGCGGGGGCGGCCUGGGGGCGGCGCGGCGGCCUCGCGCUCCUGCGGGGGGCGCUCGGGGCGGCCUCGCGCCGCGCCUGCAGCUCCGGGGCGCCCGUGAGGGCUCCCUCCGCCGCCGCUCAGGAAUUGCAAAGCUCAGGAAGAGGACGCUUUCUACUGGAACAUGCUGCUCCCUUCUCUGCUUUUUUGACGGACAGCUUUGGGCGUCAGCACAACUACUUGCGAAUUUCUUUGACUGAGAAAUGCAACCUCAGGUGUCAGUAUUGUAUGCCAGAAGAAGGUGUUCAACUGACCCCUAAAUCAGAGCUACUUACUGCUCAGGAGAUAAUCACUCUAGCCAGACUGUUUGUGAAAGAAGGUGUAGAGAAGAUCCGACUGACAGGAGGAGAGCCACUUAUCCGUCCCGAUGUGGUUGAUAUUGUGGGUCAACUGUACAAGCUAGAAGGGCUGAAAACCAUUGCUGUCACAACCAAUGGGAUCAACUUAACCAGACUGCUGCCCCGGCUGAAGGAGGCAGGACUGAAUGCCAUUAACAUUAGCUUGGAUACUUUGGUCCCAGCUAAAUUUGAGUUCAUUGUCCGCAGGAAAGGCUUUCACAAGGUAAUGGAAGGAAUCCACAAAGCCACUGAACUUGGCUACCGUCCUGUUAAGGUCAACUGUGUGGUGAUGCGAGGCUUCAAUGAGGAUGAACUGCUGAGCUUUGUGGAUUUCACGAAGGAUUUGCCCCUUGACGUGCGGUUCAUAGAAUACAUGCCCUUUGAUGGCAAUAAGUGGAACUUCAAGAAGAUGGUGAGCUACAAAGAAAUGCUUGAUACAAUUAAACAGCGAUGGCCUGAAUUGGAGAAAUUGCCCUGUGAAACUUCCAGCACAGCCAAGAGUUUUAAAGUGCCACAUUUCCAGGGGCAAAUCAGCUUUAUCACCUCUAUGUCGGAGCACUUCUGUGGAUCCUGCAAUCGUCUGAGGAUAACAGCAGAUGGGAACCUAAAGGUGUGCCUUUUUGGGAGUUCAGAAGUGUCCUUGAGAGAUCACCUACGGUCAGGUGCCUCAGAGGAAGAGUUGGUUCAAAUCAUUGGAGCAGCAGUGGGCAGAAAAAAGAAACAGCAUGCUGGCAUGUUUAACAUUUCCCAGAUGAAAAACCGGCCAAUGAUCCUGAUUGAGCCUGUAUUGAUGUCACUCCCACUGUGCCGAGAUGCCCUACAGAAUCCCCCAAAUUCAAAACAGUGGGGCCACACAUUUAGCCAUUGGCUGACUUCGAGAGCAAGUUUACCCAAACAAACAGGAAAAGUAUUAAUGAAAAAUAAGCUCACAAGACAACUUUUCCUGCCAGGAUCUUACCCAGAGCAACAGCGGCAGAUAACGAUGGGAAUUCUACAAACCCAGCUCAGAGGCUGCUGUGUCUUCCAGAAGGACCCAGACUCCACAUUUGACACAAAGUGCCUUGAGGCUUCUCCUGUUGGCCAAGUUUCUGUGGACUGUCAGUCCGAAGAGGCGAGUUCAGGAUCUGAAUUCUGUACCAGGGAUUUGGGAUCUUGCACCACAGUACCUCGUGCCUCUGACAACUUGACUCACACUGACGAGGAAGGACGGGCCACAAUGGUUGAUGUCGGAGGGAAGCCAGAUUCAAAAAGAAUUGCUGUUGCUGGUGCUGUGGUCCGCCUGGGUGAGAAAGCAUUUGGGAUGGUGAGGCAGAACCAGGUGAAGAAGGGAGAUGUGCUGGCUGUAGCCCAGAUUGCAGGAAUUCAGGGAGCCAAGCUGACAAGCCAGUUGAUCCCAUUGUGUCACAACAUCCCCCUCAACCAUGUUGAGGUGUCUCUGAGCCUGGAUGAGUCCAGAUACGCAGUGGUGAUUCGUAGCUCCUGUCAGACCUGGGGGAGGACAGGUGUGGAGAUGGAAGCUCUAACAGCUGCCAGCCUGGCUGCCCUGACUGUGUAUGACAUGUGCAAAGCAGUUACUCAUGACAUUGUGAUCGAAGAGGUGAAGUUGCUUAGUAAGACAGGUGGACAGAGAGGAGACUUCUCAAGGGCCUAGAUCAUCUCCAGAUCCCUCCAGGUGACCACUGCUUAUGUUCAGCUUCUUACAGAACUACUUUGUUCAGCUGGUAGGCUUGGAGACCUCAGCAGGUGUACUGUACGACAGCCCUACAAUUCCAGUUUUGCCUUACCCUGUCAGCUUACUGCUGGGUCAACAAGCGAGCCACUUAUCCCAGUUGAUAACCGUGUGUGUUUUUUAGAGGAUAGACUUCGCCACUCACCCUAUACCUUCAUUUCAGUGUCCUCACCAUAAGAUUGAGCAAAGAUUCCUAGUAAUAACACAGAAGUUUUUUUUCUUUUUCCUGUGAAAUGCAGCUGCUGUCAUCACACUAUGCAACUGUGAGCUCUGGAAAUGAGACAAGUGCUGUUAUUUGGCAACCAUGUUUAAGACAAGGAUUAAGAUUUCAGAAUUGUGUCUGUCCAUCUGUCCCCUGACCACCUCAGUUGAAUUUAGAAGGUGACAGUGAUAAGAACACAGUCUGGGAACCUUACCAUACAGCAGAGAUUGUAACUGUGGAACAGCCAGGGUCAGAGGGGCAGCUCCCAUCCCUUUACAUUGCUACCACUUAACUUGCCUGCAAGUGGAAAGUCUCCACGUCUCAGUUUCAAAAAAAAAAAAAAAAAUAAAAAUGGCAGCUGCCCAGUUCUCUGCCUAAACACUCUGUAAAACGUUAUCUAAGAGACAGAGAAUUUCUGGAUUUGGAAGAACUAUUUUGCUGAUCUGAAAGAUGCCUUUUUACAAUGUUAGAAGCAUGUUCCAGCAUUUUGACCUUAGCACUCAAAUACAUUGAGGCCCUAUGUCUGCAUGCUGAAGGGCUUAUUUGUACCAUGCACCGAGGUAGGUGUCAGCUCUCCCUGAUUUUAGAAAUAGGUGUCACACCAAACACCAGAAAACUCCCAAUUUGUUAAUCCUACAGUGCACCUCCUAGCAACCUGCGUAGUCCUGACAGGUAAAACAGACUUUAAGACUAGUAGCUACUUGGAAGAGUAAGGUAGCUGCUUUUGCCUCGGCCAGAGUGCUUUCCUGCAUGUUUCUCUGAUUUGCUUUCACAAGGUCUUCUGGCCUCAGAGUACUUAAGUGUCCCCAUAAAUGUACCAGUGGCCACUGUCAUGUAGCAUUAAAUAGCUUUGAUAAUUGGCUAUCCUAGAUAAGAAAUUACUUGAUGUUGUUAAUACUGAUGGAUCCUUUUCAAAUAUUAUUAAUUUAAAUGCUGUAAACAGGGUGUUUCAACAAGUUUGGUUUACUUGUUUUCUAGUGCUUAUGGCUAAUGUGAAGUUGCAUAUGAUUCAGGGUGCUCCCUCUACGUACGCACAGAGAGUUGAAGACAGCUCUAAUAAUGUCAAAUAGGCUACUGAAAAAGCAUCUUAAACUUUGCAAGUAGCAGCUUCACAUGAAACCAGGUUUAAUUACUGUGAGCAUCCAGUAAAGCACACACCACAGAGUCACGCACAUCCUGCUCACGUAAAGUAAGCACAGAUGAGGAGGCAAACAGGUCCUUUACAAAUCUCAUACACUAGCUACCACAGAAAGCACUUUUUCCAUUGCAGGUGAAUUCUUUGUGCAUUGAAUGACACAUGGCAGCUACAGCUGCAAAGGGAAGGAGUCUGGAAGGCUUGGUGCCUGAAAUCUGCCAACAUUUGUACACUACAUUCAGUGUUACAGUCCUGAUUCCCUUGACAUCACAGAUCUGUCUGUAAGGUAGCAGGAGAGGCAGCCCUGCUCCUGAGAAGGAACACUGCUGUACUGAACACCAACACUCCCUCCCGACCCUGCAAAUACAAGGCCGUGCUCAUCUGUGCAGCUGCUGUGCCCAUAGCACAGGAGUUUCUUUAGCUCAGUAUGAAAACAAAUUGCCAGGAAAAGGAAGCAUGUGUGUAUCCUGCUAAGUUACCUGAUUUACACAAGCACUUAACUACCACCACCACGCACAACACACCCUGCCCUCCCUGCCUUCACCCAGUUUCUGGAUAGUUUAGAAAACUUAAGAGGAAGCUAGACAUCCUCAGUAGUAAUAAAAUGAUGCUUUGGAGCAUACGAUUCUUUGGCUUCUGAGAAGUUUGCUGUCAUGCUGUAAAGCUCACACAAAGCACUCAAGACCGUACAAGGGACUACAGAGUACAUGCAUGACUGCCACGCACAUCUUGCUGCUUACGCACAUGUCACUACUUUCUUGGGUUGAGAGUGGCUGGAAGCUUUGGGCAAACAGACUUUGGUGCCAUUUUAUGGUCAUGUGACAUUAUCAAGUCUUGAAACUAUGCACAUUUAUAGAUAAUGAACCAAGCAUAAGUCAAUAGAACAUUCUGCGAGAAAUGAGCUGAUAGCACCGUAUGUUUCGGUGGUGCUGGGUGGGUAGUGCUGUAAUAUAUGUUGAUGAAUUGACUACUUUUUGGAGGCUUGCUAUUUUUUGUCCACUGCGUAUUUAAUAAAUAUUAGUUGCAAUGGA